AUGAGGUCGCAGUGCUGUGCCCUGCUUGUACUUGGGCUCGCAGUUCAAACUAUAUGUGGUCUUACAGUUGAAAGAAGACGAAGGUCCGUUAGACGAUUACAGAAUGAUCCUUUGUGGGCCGUAUCAUCAUCAAGAAGACAGAAGAACACGUUUAGUACCGAUCCGUUUGCAAGCUGGUUCACGGCCGACCCAUUCGCAUCCAACACAAACAACGGUGAUCCAUGGAGAGCAAACUCUCAAACCGGAAGUGUAAGCAAUAACAACAACGACCGCGUUAACAACAAUGAUCCAUGGCCAAAUAAUAACGGACGUACCAACACAAACAACGGUAAUCCAUGGGGAACUAACACUCAAACCGGAGGUGCAAGCAAUAGCAACAACGGCCGCGUUAACAACAAUGAUCCAUGGCCAAAUAAUAACAACGGUCGUACCAACACAAACAAUGGUGAUCCAUGGGGAGCUAACACCCAAACUGGCGGACGUGUUGCAACAACUGCCGACCCAUGGAAUAACAACAAUAAUGCACGUGUUAACAACAACAACAAUGACCCAUGGCCAAAUAACAACAAUGCACGUGUUAACAACAACAACGACCCAUGGCCAAACAACAACAAUAAUGCACGUGUUAACACCAACGACCCAUGGCCAAACAACAACAAUAACGAUGCACGUGUCAAUAACAACAACGACCCAUGGAAUAACAACAAUAAUGCACGUGAUGCAACAACAGCCGACCCAUGGAAUAACAACAAUAAUGCACGUGUUAACAACAACAACAACGACCCAUGGAAUAACAACAAUAAUGCACGUGUAGCAACAACAGCCGACCCAUGGAAUAACAACAAUAAUGCACGUGUUAACAACAACGAUCCAUGGCCCAAUAACAACAACAAUAACAAUGCACGUGUUAACAACAACAACGACCCAUGGAAUAAUAACAAUAAUGCACGUGUUGCAACAACAGCCGACCCAUGGAAUAACAACAAUAAUGCUCGUGUCAACAACAACAACGAUCCAUGGCCCAAUAACAACAAUAACAAUGCACGUGUUAACAACAACAACGACCCAUGGCCAAACAACAACAACAAUAAUGCACGUGUUAACAACAACAACGACCCAUGGCCAAACAACAACAAUAAUGCACGCGUCACCAACAACAACGACCCAUGGCCAAACAACAACAACAACAAUGGACGAGUUAACAACAACAACGACCCAUGGCCAAACAACAACAACAACAAUGGACGAGUUAACAACAACAACGACCCAUGGCCAAAUAACAACAAUAAUGCACGCGUCACCAACAACAACGACCCAUGGCCAAACAACAACAACAACAAUGGACGAGUUAACAACAACAACGACCCAUGGCCAAACAACAACAACAAUAAUGCUCGUGUUAACAACAACAACGACCCAUGGCCAAACAACAACAAUAACAAUGCACGUGUUAACAACAACAACGACCCAUGGCCAAAUAACAACAACAAUAAUGCACGUGUUAACAACAACAACGACCCAUGGAAUAACAACAAUAAUGCACGUGUUGCAACAACAGCCGACCCAUGGAAUAACAACAAUAAUGCACGUGUUAACAACAACAACAACAACGAUCCAUGGCCCAAUAACAACAACAAUAAUGCACGUGUUAACAACAACAACGACCCAUGGCCAAACAACAACAACAAUAAUGCUCGUGUUACCAACAACAACGACCCAUGGCCAAACAACAAUAAUGCACGUGUUAAUAACAACAACGACCCUUGGAAUAACAACAAUAAUGCACGUGUUGCAACAACAGCCGACCCAUGGAAUAACAACGGAUGGGUUAACAAUAACAACGACCAAUGGCGGGUUGAUAACGGAUAUGGCACCAACACACAAAAUGGAUAUGGUACCGAUACACAGAAUAGAAAUGGUAAUACUUGUGCUGCUGCCAAUAAUCCUGAUUCUUGCGAUGUGUAUAACUGCUUGCCUCAAACAGCUCAACAAUGUUCAUCUCCUUUCCUUGUUCCUGAAGCCAAGGAAUUCUGCACAAAAUCUUUUACUAUUCAACAACGUAAUGAGUUUAACUUCCAGGGAACUCAGUACAUGCAGUCUGUGAGAAAAUGUCAGACCGGUAUUCUUCUGAAUUUCACCAACGAAGUUAUAUGUGACCUCAUCAAUAUUGGUGUGAAUGACAGUCUGGUUAGUCAACCAUUACCAGGAGGAGGUGUUACUCAAGACGAUUGUUUCUACCAAUCCGGACAGUUCUGUGAUAUCGUCAGUAACGAACAAAACUGUGCUGCUCUUUUCCAUAUUUAUGGUGGACUAGGUAGUACCCAGUAUCAAAUCUUCAUCCAUUUUAACAACCUUUUAGUCAAAUGUGAUGACACCGUCCGAGAGGUGUUCAAGGAUAAUUUUAACAAAAAAUUCUUCCUUGUUCUGGAGAACAGUCAAAACCAACAAGUUCAACAACAGUACUAUCAGACUACCACCAUGAUGAUGUCAGGCGCAGGCGCUGAUUAACUUUAAACCUUUUCUUUUAAGUAUCGAAAGUAUGUUUUCAGAAUAGAUUGUUACAUAAACUAUAAUACUAUACUCAUGUCUUGUUUGUAUGUCAAGUCCUUAUAUAGAAGUUAAGAAAUAAAAAUUCGUGUCCCACUUUA